AAAAGACAACAAGAGAGUGGAACAGCAUUUUGCCAUCGAAGACACGCUAUAAAACAACUCCCUCUCUUCAUCUUCCUCCACCAUCUCCUCUUUUACAACUAUGCCCUUCACCUUAUAAUCUCUCUCAUUUUCCUCCCAACAUUUUCCUUUCCUCCGUUCUCGAAUCCAAAUCCGCCAUGGGAGUUGCCGUUCUCCAGCCUACCGAUCCUCUCUCCAUCAGAAACAUCAUUUUCCCUCCUCCACAACGUCCUAACAAACCGACGCCCAAUCGCCGUCGCCGAAGUCCGCCGCGCCAUCAACCGGAGACCUCUCCUCCGCCAAAGGGAUCGAAGAAGAAGAAGAAUCUCAACCACAACCACGUUAGAGUUCCGAAGCGAGGAGAAGAGAAGGUACCGGAUCUGACGGUUGAGAAGCCAGAUCCGAGAUCCGCUCGUCAGAUCGUAUCGGAUCCGGUGACGAUCCCAUCGCAGAGCCGGAGAUCGACCACCCCAGCUUUGUUUUACGCUGGUACAGUCACGUCGACAUCUCCGCCGCCGAGCGAAGUUCCCUUGCCGGCGUUCUUCGCGAAGAGAAGCGUCUCCUCGUUCGAACCAGCCGACGCAACCACCGAUCUGAUCAGAAUCUUGGGGAUAGACGUCGAUCGAUCUCAGAUCUCCGAUUAAUAAGAAAAAGUUAUCUCUUCGUUACGAAACGUUAAAUUCGAAUCAUUCUCUUAUUUUUUCAAGGGGAAAGAUCGAAAUAUCUUCUUAAAUGGUCUUUUAGUUUCGCUUCUAUGUAUCGUUAGUAUGUGUAUUGUUUAGCUUUCCGUCUUCGAGCAUAGGGUUUUUAAUAAUCAUGAUCUGAUUAGUUUUGUUUAAAGGAGAGAUGUAUUGUUCUUAUGGUUAGAUGGUAUCCAUGUAAUAAUCUUCCUCCAAGUAUUUCUUCGUCUUUGUAAUUUUCUUAUUUUAUUAUUGAAGUAGCUCUUUCUAUUAAAAAAAAUUGUAAUGAGAUGAUUGUGGGUGAUUCUAAAAACGGAGGUUGAAUCUGAUGUUCAUAAAGGUGAUCUUUUCGUUU